UUAGGUGCUAUAUAGUAAAUAAUUCCAUCAUUGGAGGAGCAGAGGCUGAAAAGAUAUUUUAAAAUGGAAGGAAGUUCAGAAACAGCUGCUCAAUUUGAAGAUGUCUCACUGAAAGACAUCAAAACAAAUGAAAAAGUCAAAAUUUACCCAACAUUUGAAAGUAUGGGUUUGAAGAAAGAAAUCCUACAGGGAAUAUAUGCUUAUGGAUUUAGAAAACCAUCUGCUAUUCAGCAGCACUGUAUAGUGCCUCUGAUUGGAGGCUAUGACUUGAUAGCCCAGGCUCAGUCAGGCACUGGCAAGACAGCCACCUACAGCAUAGCUCUACUCCAGGUGCUCAGAUCGAGAUCAAGAGAAACACAGGCCAUUAUUUUGUCUCCCACCAGAGAACUAGCAUCUCAAAUCCAGAAGGUAGUUCAGUCCCUGGGAGACUUUAUGUCAGUGCAGUGCCAUGCUUGCAUUGGAGGCACCAACUCUGCACAUGACAUCAAGAAGCUCCAGCUUGGCCAGCAGGUUGUUUCUGGCACUCCUGGACGAGUGCUUGACAUGAUCAAGCGGACUAAACUUAAAACUAAAGCAAUUAAGUUGCUGAUAUUGGAUGAGGCUGAUGAGAUGUUACAACAUGGUUUCAAGAAACAAAUCUAUGGUGUUUACAGAUAUUUGCCUGCUGAGGUUCAGGUGGCUGUGGUCUCGGCUACUCUGCCGGAAGAAGUGUUGGAAAUGACCUCAAACUUCAUGGCUGAUCCUGUCAAAAUUCUUGUGCCAAGGGAUGAGCUCUCACUGGAAGGCAUCCAGCAAUACACUGUUCCUGUAGAGAAGGAGCAUUGGAAAUUCGACGCACUCUGUGACAUGUAUGAUAAAAUCCUUGUGAAACAAGCCAUCAUAUUCUGCAACUCGCGGAAAAAGGUGGAUUGGUUGACGAAGAACAUGCGUGAAGCGGGCUUCUCUGUGUCGUGUAUGCACAGCGAAGUGAAGCAGAAGGAAAGAGACGCCAUCAUGAAGGAGUUCCGCUCCGGCGUAUCCCGUGUGCUCAUUACAACCGACAUCUGGGCGCGUGGCAUUGAUGUGCAACAGGUAUCACACGUGAUCAACUACGACCUGCCAUCGAACAAGGAGCAAUACCUGCACCGCAUUGGACGGUCUGGACGUUUUGGUCGUCAGGGCGUCGCUAUAAAUUUCGUCUGCUCCGAAGACAAGCCAUUAAUCCGGGCUAUUGAGAAACAUUAUUCUAUUAAACUAAAAGAUCUUCCCGAUCCUGAUCGGUAGCUUUAUAGGAAAAAACGAUUUUGCUACAGUG